AUGUCAGGCAUUCUGGGCAGCUGCCAAUAUUUCUUCCAGGUCCACCUGCGUGUGCAUAGUGGGGAGCGUCCAUUUCAGUGUGCCCUGUGCCAGAAGAGCUUCACCCAGCUGGCCCACCUGCAGAAGCACCACCUGGUACACACUGGGGAGCGGCCCCACCAGUGCCGGAUGUGCCACAAGCGCUUCAGCAGCUCCAGCAACCUCAAGAGCCACCUUCGCCUGCACUCAGGUGCCCAUCCCUUUCAGUGCAACGUGUGUUCCAGUCGCUUCACCGCGCAUGUCCAUCAGAAACUGCACCAUAGGCUGCAGUCUCCUUGGCCCCGUAGCCUGGCCCACACCCACAUGCUCCUCACCUCUCACACCUGCUUUGCCCAAUGGCGCCAAGGACCACUCGGUCUUGUGGAAGCAUCCUCAGAGAAGAUGGGCUGGGAUGUGGACAGGGUCAAGGUGUCCUCGGUGUCCCAGGGAACAAGGGCAGCCAGCCUGAGCAGUGGUUGCUAGGGUUUCUCUGGAAAUGGAGUGUUGGCAAUUAAAGUAUUUUCUCAGUGCUGA